GGGGAAUAGCUUAGGACACUUUCUAACUCGAUGGUUGGCCUGUCUCUAGGAGUCACUUUGUUUGUUUGUUUUUUCCUCUAUAACUUAUUUAUUAAUCAUUAGUGUUUUUUCUUCAGUCUUUCAAUGGAAUUCUAGAGCCUCAAUAAUUCAGUGUAUUUAUUUUUUUUAAAAACUUAAAAUCGUGUUGAACGCCAUAGAAGUAAAUGAAGGGGUUGAUGCUCAGAUCUGACGCUGUCGUCCAGCACCUCGGUGUCUCGCGUACCGCAAGUGACUUGUCCACCAAAAGGUAAGUUCAUUCUAAGAGCAUCUUUUGACAUUUAUAAAAUGGUCUCGGUCUUUCUAAGACGUUAUUGGUCUUCCUAAGACAGUCCUGGUCAUUCUAAAGUAAUCCUUGGUCAUUCGAAGACAGACUUGGUCAUUCUAAGAUUUCAUUGGUUAUUCUAAGACAGUCUUGGUCACUCUGAGACAGUCUUGGUCACACUAAGAUAGCCUUGGUCAUUCUAAGACAGUCUUGGUCACUCUAAGAUAGUCUUGGUCACACUAAGAAGUCUUGGUAACACUAAGACAGUCUUGGUCACACUAAGAAAGUCUUGAUCACGCUAAGACAGUCUUGGUCACUCUAAGACAGUCUUGGUCACACUAAGAAGUCUUGGUCACAUUAAGACAGUUUUGGUCAUUCUAAAAUAAUCCUUGGUCAUUCGAAGACAGUCUUGGUCACUCUAAGACAGUCUUGUCACACUAAGACAGCCUUGGUCAUUCUAAGACAGUCUUGGUCACCCUAAGACAGUCUUGGUCACACUAAGACAGUCUUGGUCACGCUAAGACAGUCUUGAUCAUUCUAAAGUAAUAUUUGGUCAUUCGAAGACAGUCUUGGUCAUUCUAGGAUAGAAAUGGUCAUUCUGAGAAAUCUUGGUCAUUCUAAGACAGCCUUGUUCACUCUAAGACAGUCUUGGUCACACUAAGAAAGCCUUGGUCAUUCUAAGACAAUCUUGGUCACAGUAAGGCAGUCUUGGUCACUCUAAGACAGUCUUGGUCACACUAAGACAGUCUUGGUCACACUAAGACAGUCUUGGUCAUUCUAAAGUAAUCCUUGGUCACUCUAAGACAGUCUUGGUCACACUAAGACAGCCUUGGUCAUUCUAAGACAGUCUUGGUCACUAUAAGACAGUCUUGGUCACUUUAAGACAGUUUUUAUCAUUCUAAGACAGCCGUUGUCAUGGUAAGAAAGUCUUGGUUAUUGCCUUUUUUUUAUUUUCAACUUUGGUGAUUCUCUGUAGGUGAAUGAUUUUUUAAAACAUAAUUGUCUUUAAUACGCAAGAUAUUUGUUUCAUUUAACACAUUUUCGUAAGUGAUGUUUAAACUAAAAAUUAAUGCCAAUUUUUGAUUUAAUUUCAUCAAAUUUCUCAAAAUGUGACGUUUCUUAAUGUAAAAUAACUCAAAUUAAUGACAGUCGGUUCGUCAUUACCAACAACCGGAUAUUUGUCUUAAGCCCGGUUAGAAUAAAUAAGACUUUCGUUUUAAAAUCCUAGUACAAAGUAAUAACAAUUUGUCAAGACAACAGGGGUGUGCCCAAUUAAAUGACAGUAUGUUACAACAACAGGGGCGUUCCCAAUUAAAUGACAGUAUGUCACAACAACAGGAGCGUUCCCAAUUGAAUGACAGUAUGUCACAACAACAGGGGCGCUCCCAAUUAAAUGACAGUAUGUCACAACAAUAGGGGCGUUCCCAAUUAAAUGACAGUAUGUCACAACAACAGGGGCGUUCCCAAUUGAAUGACAGUAUGUCACAACAACAGGGGCGCUCCCAAUUAAAUGACCGUAUGUCAAAACAACAGGGGCGUUCCCAAUUAAAUGACAGUAUGUCACAACAACAGGGGCGUUCCCAAUUAAAUUACAGUAUGUCACAACAACAGGGGCGCUCCCAAUUAAAUGACAGUAUGUCACAACAACAGGGGUGUUCAAUUAAAUGACAGUAUGUCACAAGUACGACGGCAGUACCAACCAUUAACAUUUUUUUCCUAAUACAAUAUUAACAACUGCACGGUGAUACUUCUUAUGACAGACAUUGUACAAACAAGUGGCAAUAUGAUACAAGGACUCUUUUGUAUUUUCCAGUGGUAUUUAGAAAUACCGAACUCAUAAAGUAUAACAUAUUUUCCCCCAAUAACAUAGUUGUUAAUAUACCAUAAAAAUAGUAUAGAUUAUGUGUUAUAUAUACCGUAAAAAUUUGAUGUAUUGUAGCAUUGUAGUACAAAAUUAGAAGAUGCGAUCAUAUGUCUACAUACUUUGAGUCAAAUAUACCAUCAGAGACCUUUGUGAUACCUAUAGAUGGCUCAAAGAACAAUAGUGUUGCUAUAGGUAAAUUUGGACAUAACUAAAUCAAAUAAAGUAAACUGAACUUUAAUAAUGCCAAGCCUUUGCUUCCUUCUCUAAAGAAAAAACCAGGGCUAGUCAAAAUUGACGCCAAAGCGUGACAAUUAGUGGUUUUAUUUUAAAAACCCUAAGCUUAAGUCCACAUUCUGGAGAUCAAAAGGAAUCUAUGGCCUCAUGAAAACUUCAAAAAGUGGAAAAUUAACAGAUAACACAUCAUAAAUCUGUUAAAGAUAUGUUUUGAUAUAUUCAGUGCUUUUUUUUUUUUUUUUUGUAAAAAAAUAGGUGCCGGUACUCAGUGAUGAAUUGCCUAAUUUUUAUAAAAAAAAAAAAAAAGAAAAAAAAAAAAAAAAAAAAUAAAAAAUUUUUUAAAUUUUUUUUUUAAUAAAUUCAUUGUUUUUUUUUUUUUUUUUUUGUAAAAAAAUAGGUGCCGGUACUCAGUGAUGGAUUGCCUAAUUUUUAAGUACCAGGAAAGCAGUUUCGCAUUUUAUAUUUUAAUUCUUAUUGCGCGCAAAUUUAAAAUAAUUCAAUUUUAACAAAUUAACAAUAUAAUAAAUUGAUAAUAAACGUUAAAAUACAAGAAAGUAAAACUUUUUUCCCCACAUUGAAAAAGGUGCCGGUACGCCUUACCGGUACGUACCGGCACAAAAAAAGCACUGGAUAUAUUUAUGUAGAUGUAUGUAUUAUAUGUUCUACCCUCUCUGACAAAAAAGGUUAUGCAUGUCGAAUAUCUGUGAUCUUAUAGUGUUGAUGAUGUAGAGAAAGGCGUCAGUAAGAGAACGGUAUGUUGAUACAUGAACAUUUUCGGUAGUUGUCGGUGCGUAGCUUGUCUGUAGUGCAGAGUCAUUAUUUCCCCGGCGAUUUACUAAUUCGUAGAAUCCCAAUUCGGGUCACUUUGAACCUUACGAAAUGAGGUCAUGUUGCCACCCUGCUCAAUGUAUUAUCCGGCCUUGAGUAGUUCUUAAAAUUCUUGCAGCAUCCUCUGUACCCCAUCAAGGACAUUCACCAAAAAAUAUCAGACACAUAGAUUAUCAUGUUUUUAAGAAAUGUCGCAUUCCAAAAACGUACAUGUUUGUAAAAAAAAUACAGUCACAAAUAGCAUAUAUGAUUUUAAAAAAGCAUAUCUGACACAUAAAACUUACGUCUGUACAAAUUUCGACCACAUAUAACUCGUAUGUUUGAAAACUAAUCGGCCUCGCAUUGCGUCUCUAAGAGAAAAGGUUGGGGUUUGUUUUUCAACAUUUUUAAAGUUACCGUAAUUAGUUAGCCCUGCUUUUAAAACAGAUGGACGUUGAGAAGUUUAAGCAGGAAUCUAUAGAAGGUGAGUUUGUUCAAAAGAUGUAUCAACAUAAGUUUAUAAGAACAAAGACUUUAUUUCCACAGUGCAUACUGUGUGUACGAUUAUCAUGUCAUCAGGGCGCGGAUAGAUUUUUACUGUUUGCUAAAAAAUCUAACAAAUGCUGCGUGUUUUUUUGUUUAUUCUAAUAAAAAUGUUGAUAAUAUUUUAUGCAAAUUCUGACAUUGUAACCCAAAGCAUGGAGUUUACUUAUGGCAAACUUAUUGAAAAUGAGGUCCAUAUUAGUAUCAUGCCAUCAUGAUCAGUGGCACUACAGACCAUGUAUUGCACUGAACUGCUCCACCCUCGUCUUUCCAUUCGGGUCGAUCCAGGGCUUUUCGUCUCCAUGCGCGGGGCCCCAGCUGAAGUAACCCGUCUCCGCGUCCACAUGAUGGAAACAUCUCAAAGAAAUGAAAAUCAGCAAACACCAGCCCACCCCCUGACCCACAUGAGAAACUAGUAACUUUGUUUUAAUUUUAUUGAACGUCAUCCUCUAGCCAGUGUUAUGUGGGCAGCUGGGCAUAGUCAUUAUUUCUUAAAUCCUUUUAUAUUAAAUUCACAUUUGUUCUUGUGUUUCUUUCUUUUUUUUUUGUCUGGGUGUGUGGCUUCUUCUUCGUCUAUAUAUCAAUGGCCCACUAUCAAUUUAUAUGGCCCACUACCCGUUAACCUACCAAGCUGAAACUUGACACAUAGUCUCGUUGCCGAUGAAAAAAAACUGUUUUUCAAGGGAAGAUGAAGGAAAUAAGAUGUCACUAAUCUCACGAAAUAAAGUUCCAGAUAACUGCAUUAAAUUAUAAUUCCUUUUUUUUUUAAAUCUCGCAAGUGCGUUCGGUGCGUCAUAUUUUCUUUUGUUUUUCUAAAACAGUUGGUGAAAAAAUUCUGCGGUGUAAAAGCGGUUUGGACAUUAAUUGGAUAUUAAUAUAAAAUAAUAUGAAUUCAUAAAAAGGAUUUAUAAGAAAAAAUUAGUUUUUAUGGGUUGUUUAAUUGGUCUUCUGCCUUAGCUAAUCAAUUUUUAACAAGCUUCAUCCAUUGUCCAAGUCGAUACAAUAAAUUUGCUAAACGUUUGCUAGGCCUUUCUUGCUUAUCCAUUAUAAGGCACUGGUUACUAGUGCAGUCAUACUUGUUGCUCAAAACAAAAUGGGCAGUGUCUCAUUCUCAAAAAAAUAAAAAAAUAAAAAAAAAAAUUUUUUUUUUGCUAAAUGAUCUCCCAAAGUAGGCCAUUGGUGUUUGACCAAACAGAGGUUUCGUCAUCGUUCUCAUGUUUAUCCGUCUCCAUUUUUCUUUGUUAAAUAGCUGGAGUCAAAUUCAUGGAAACGGGUUAUUCUCCAUUAGAAUGUUGCCCAAUCUUAUUCAGUAUGGUGUUGACAGCCCGUCUGGGCAUUCAUAUAAUGAAUUCUCCAUCGGCGGUCUUUUAGAAUUAUAACUCGUUCAUUGUUUGAUAUGAGGAGUGGAAAGGGAAAUACUAGAGCCCAUGAGAAAACAGUUUAUGAACGAAUUGUAUUUCGGCCACAAACACGAUGAAGUUUGGUUUGCUUUUUAAUCGCUUCCUAAUUAUCUUCUGUAGGUGCAAGUAGAGGGGAGACAGCUAUGUGUCGGUCUAUGCUGAAAGACUCUGCAAUCAUCGCUUGUGUACUGGUUUAUCUCCUCGUGAGGCUGGCCAUUGGAUUCCCACCGUCUGUAAGUUACUGUGGACUGUAAGUUACUGUGGACUGUAAGUUACUGUGGACUGUAAGUUACUGUGGACUGUAAGUUACUAUGGACUGUAAGUUACUGUGGACUAAGUUACUGUGGACUGUAAGUUACUGUGGACUGUAAGUUACUGUGGACUGUAAGUUACUGUGGACUGUAAGUUACUGUGGACUGUAAGCUACUGUGGACUGUAAGUUACUGUGGAAUGUAAGCUUCUGUGGACUGUAAGUUACUGUGGACUGUAAGUUACUGUGGAAUGUAGGUUACUGUGGACUGUAAGUUACUGUGGACUGUAAGGUACUGUGGACUGUAAGUUACUGUGGACUGUAAGGUACUGUGGACUGUAAGUUACUGUGGACUGUACGUUACUGUUGUGGACUGUAAGUUACUGUGGAAUGUAAGCUUCUGUGGACUGUAAGUUACUGUGGACUGUAAGUUACUGUGGAAUGUAGGUUACUGUGGACUGUAAGUUACUGUGGACUGUAAGUUACUGUGGACUGUAAGUUACUGUGGACUGUAAGUUACUGUGGACUGUAAGUUACUGUGGACUGUAAGUUACUGUGGACUGUAAAUUACUGUGGACUGUAAGUUACUGUGGACUGUAAGUUACUGUGGACUGUAAGUUACUGUAAACUGUAAGUUACUGUGGAAUGUAAGUUACUGUGGACUGUAAGUUACUGUGGACUGUAAGUUACUGUGGACAGUAAGUUUCUGUGGACUGUAAGCUACUGUGGACUGGUUGCCUCAAUAAGCUGAGAUCACAUACUAGCAGUGAACACCGAACAAACAUCACCCACUGAUCUGAACAUUGUUUCAAUAAGCCGUGUCCUGUUGCUACAUUUACUCCAGUGGUUCCCAAAGCUUGUGCCGCGGCGAAUUGGGGGAGCCACGACCCCGUCACAAUGGAGCCGCGAAAUGUUACACAAUUGAUUUAGCCGUUGACGAAAUUCUUCGCUUUAUCGCAGUGUCCCCUUGUGAUUUUACUCUGGGUGCCUUGGAUUCAUCCCAUUGCGCUGAGAAUCGAAAAAAAACUUUUGGGGAAACACUGAUUUAUUAUUCAUUUAUGUAAACUCAGAACAUCGUCAACAAAUAGUUCAUGUUCAAACAAAGUCCUUAUUUGACCAAACGAAUUUAGACCGACCAUUCGUUUCAGGCAGACUAUUCCAUCUGGUUGUGGGUCUGUUGGUUUGUUUGUUGUUUGAUGUUUUCCAUAAUGGGUGUAUUUUGCGAUUUCACAAUCUGUGUGUGCAUGCUGUCCAGUCAGUAAACCCAAGUCAUGAUGCAAGACCUUACCAAAAUAAACGCCUGUUUUAUUUUCAGUCGUGGAAGGUGGUACGGAGGUCUCUGGGACCAGCGGAUGAAUACGGAGCCCCGGAGUCACGCUAUUUGAGUAGGUGGCGCUGCAUGCCGCGCGCGUAGCCCAAUACAGUCCGAUGUUGCGUGAAUGAGUGCAGUGUAAAUAAUGUUAACACCGAUUAACAAAGUAACUACUAAUAUGUUAAUAUGAACAUCUCUCUAAAUAUGCCAUGCCAUUAACAGGGCGAUCAUUUCUGUAAUAAUCAAUAAAUUUAUAUGUUGGUUUCUUGUGUCGUCACUAAGCAAUUUGCAUCUGUAGAGUUACAGCGUUUUCAGUUUAUAUAAAUUUAAAGUUUUAAAAGUUUUAUAAAAUAAAAAAAUAUCGUAUCCGGAAAUUUGUUUGAAAGAAAUUUCGUCGACGGAAAAUUGAUCGACGGAAGUUUAAUCGAACGGAGACAUUGUCGUCUUUUUUCAAUUCACACCUUAAAAUUUUACGUCAAAUUUCUUUUUGAACGCAUUAUUUUGUCUUACUAUAUAGUAUAGUGUGUUCAACGAGAAAUUUGACGAAAAUCUGAUCGUGGGAACUGAAAAAUAAAUUCUAUUAAAUUUCCAUCGGAUCAAGCUUCCAUCGAUCAAAUGUCCGUAGAGCAAAAGUAUUUCAAACAAAUUACCGAUAACCAAACAAUAUAUAUUAAUUUUAAAAAUAUUUUUUUUUAAAAACCCUUUUAAAAAAGAUGAACUGCAAAUUAUAAAAUAAAUUUCCCCCAAAACUUCAGAGUUGUUACAGUCACAUGACUUCAGAGUUUUUACAGUCACAUGACUUCAGAACUGUUACAGUCACAUGACUUCAGAGCUUUUACAGUCACACAACUUCAAAGUUGUUACAGUCACAUGACUUCAGAUUUGUUACAGUCACAUGACUUCAGAGUUGUUACAUUCAAAAAACUUUAUAGUUGUUACAGUAACAAAAAAUUAGAGUUUUUACAGUCACAAAACUUUAGAGUUGUUACUUUCACAUGCCGAAAAACCCUUUAAAAAAAGCAUAUCAAAAGAAUAUAUUUUAUUUUCUUUAAAAAUCUUCCGUUUGAAAACCUUUGCGAUGACAUAAAAAUUGACUUUCAAACCUUAGUUUCUACUUUUAACUUCCUGAAUUUUGUUGUUAGACUUAAACGAGUUAACUGUUAGAUAGUGUGGCUAUUUAAUGUAUGGUGUUUGUGAAAAUUGCAUGAGAAUACACUGUGGCACAUAGGAGCAAAUAUUAUUGUAACAUAGUUAAAUGCCAAACAUAACGCUUACAUAUAAAUGCUAAUAUCGCCUCUCUCUCUCUCUUUCUAUGUCUCCCUCUCUUUCUAUCUGUUUCUCUCUCUCUCUCUCUCUCUCUCUCUCUCUUUCUAUAUAUAUAUAUACUCUUUCCAACUCGCCAUUCCCUGUUUAUCUGCAUGUAUUUCUUGUCUGCUACCUUAUAUACAAUGUGCAUGUUUCUCUCUUUUAUCUGUGUGUAUUUUUUGUCUGUUAUCUUAUAUAUAAUGUGUAUUUUUCUCUCUCUCUCUCUCUAUAUAUAUAUAUAUAUAUAUAUAUAUAUAUAUAUAUAUAUAUAUAUGUAUGUAUGUAUAUAUAUAUAUAUUAUAAGAUAAGAUAAAAUUCUUUUAUUGAUCCAAACAAAUGGAAAUGCUUUUGAUUGCAUUGUACAUUUUCAGCAUAAAUAAUAAAACAAUUUGAACACGAGACAUUCACAUUAAAUUAUUUUAGUUCUCUCACUUUCUCUCCAUCUCUCUCUCUCCCCUUCGCUCACUCACUUUUUUAUUUCUGUCCCUCUUUCAGUCUGCCCCUUUCUAUAUCUUUCUAUCUUUCCUUCGCACCCUCUCUCCAUUAUUUUCUCACUUCAUACUUUCUCUCACUUUCUCUCUCUCUCUCUUUCUCCCUCCCACUCUCUCUCUCUCUCUCUCUCUCUCUCUCUUUCUCUCACUUUCUCUCAUUCUUUCAGUCGAGCUCGACUAGUUCAGCUCUGCAUCGUUAUAGAAGCACAAUAAGUCAACGACCUCAAUUAGUUAACCAAAUUUUGAAAAUGAAUUACUUUCAUCAUCUGUACACAUCAUGUACACAAAUAUAUCUGUACACGCCAGUCGCACACUCAAUCGCUUCCACACACCUUAGCCAGAAACAAACUUCUUUUCACUAAGGACUCUCCACCACACCACCCCCUCCCUCAACCUCCUAACUCCCCAAAAAGGAAACUUGUUAAUAGUUAACUAUUUUUUUUUCAGAAUUGAAAACUUGUAACUAAAUAUUAUUACUGCUCGGCGCUAGCAGUUUUUCUUCACUUUUUAAGAAUUUCUUUUAUUUAUUUUUUUUAUUAUUUUUUUUUUUUUGGUUUUCACUGUUGGCGUCCGGGUAUUUUUAGAAACUCCCCCGUGGGUCCGGAUGUUACAAAAAAGUUAUCUUCUCAUCUUCACUGACGUGUUCCAGCCAAUGGGGAGAAGUGCAUGUAUAGAAUCAGAAGUCAUCACGAAAGUCUAAAAAAAAAAAAUGAAAAUAUAAGGCUAACCCAGCGGUUCGCAAACAUUUUAGGGGUCUUGAGCCCAUUAAUAAAAUUUCCCUAGUUGCCGCGACCCUUAACCAGAAUUAUACCUUGAAAUUGAGAAACACUUUUUUGAGAAAAAGGGGAGGGGGCAAAGCUUUCUUUGUAGAUUUCUUAGAUGUUGGUAGUGUAAUUGUGAUCGGGGUGGGGGGGGGGGGAGGGAAGGCGUUUUAAGGUCUAAAAAUGUUGUAGGCUUAUGUAAAGGGGAGCUGUGGCUCUGAAAAUCAAUCUUUAGAAUUUUUUUUUUUUUGAAAAAUACAAACACGUGGACAUAGCUUUGCGUGCAAGCUGGCAACUUCUCACUUGAGGCACACGCAGUAAAAAAACAAACAACGAAAUAAAAAAUAAAUCAAAUUCUAUGUAAUAUACUUUUAAUGAAAAGAAACUGUCAAAAUAUUGAUAUUAUGUUAGAGCCUGAAAUCUACCGAAAGAAUCAUAGUUUCUACAAUUUUAUUUUAUGCAGCUGUAGUGUAGUGGUAGCAGUAGUGUAGUAUUAGUAGUAGUGGUGGUGUAGUAGUGGCGUAGCAGCGAUAAUAAAGUAAUCCAGUCGCUAUUAAUAAUAUUUAAAUGUUAGAAAAUGAAAAAAAAAAAGCACAUUUUACACACAAUUCCUCACCCAACUUCAUAUUUCUGAAAUUCUCUAGCGACCCCUGACUUUUUGUCAGGCAAAACCCACAGCUUGAGAGAUACUGCUCUAAUCCACAGGUUGAGGGACACUGCCCUAACCCAGAAACAUAGCACAAAUAAAAUAAUGAGCGGAGCUUCGCAAUAUGUGUUAUUGUUCCUAGUCGCUGGUUGGUUAGCGGUGUUCAUUCUUCUGACACCAACGUACGCAUAUUAUGUUAAUGAAUAUUGUAUAUCAUCAUUAUGACGAUUACCGUCCCAGCCGUCUUUUAGCUAAACCCAUUACUACAUUUAUUAAAUUGGUGUUAAAUUACAUUACCAAUAUUAAAUCUCUAUGACACACCUUAGAAAUGAUUCACGACCACAAACAAGAAUGCUGGCUAUUCAUUAUCAUCAAAAUGUCAGCAUGUGAAAUGAAAUACUUAGUGUAAAUAGAAAGUGCUACGGUCAUAACAAAAGAUCGGCGUCUUGCUAAGACAAAUAAUUAGCACAAAAUACGCAGCAAGUACAUUAUUAUUUUUUCAGCUUUGCUGUUUCAUUUAGUUGCGGACAACGUGUUAGUCUUCCGUUAUUACUUAUAUAAUUCAUAUAAAAUGUAAAAAAAAAAAAAAAGUAAAAAAAAAAAUGUAAUGGAUCUGUACGUGGACUUUUCAUUUCUCUACAUAAGGUGGGAACACUUGAUAGAAAAUGAGAAGAUAACUCUUUUCUUCCCUCUCCGAGACCGACCCGGUUCCGGCUUUUGCUGGGUCCUGGUUUGUGCCGGGUGUCUAAUACUCUGCAUAUCCGGGAUAUCCAGCCAGUACCCGGCUCCGCCCUUGCUGGUCCGGGUAUGUGCCGAGUGUGCUAAUGCUCUGCAUAUCCGGGUAUCCGGUCAUUACCCGGCUCAGCCCUUGCUUGUACUUGAUAAAUGGUACAUCCGUUUUCACAUUUCUACGAAUAAAAUUUUCAAAUAUUGCAUAUGACUUAUUAUUUCAAAAAUUGCCCUCUUUCAGUAUUUUUCUUCCACAAAUUUCAUCGAAACUCCUGUUUUGCCUUCUAGCAUGUGAUGAUCCUCUGAUCCGUUCCGAGCCAGGCGCUUACACCUACGUCAGCGACGGCGUGAAGAGGCUAUGCUCCCUGUAUGUGGCAGCACCGGUUGAUCACGUGGUUGAGAUUGAAUUUGUCUAUCUGGAUGUCAGCUGUGAGGAGGACGGGGCGGUUGUGGUAGCCACACAUAGCAUCAUUCACGUUGUCAUUUUGAGUUGUUGUGGUAGCCACACAUAGCAUCAUUCACGUUGUCAUUUUGAGUUGUUGUGGUCGCCACACAUAGCAUCAUUCACGUUGUCAUUUUGAGUUGUUGUGGUAGCCACACAUAGCAUCAUUCACGUUGUCAUUUUGAGUUGUUGUGGUAGCCACACAUAGCAUCAUUCACGUUGUCAUUUUGAGUUGUUGUGGUAGCCACACAUAGCAUCAUUCACGUUGUCAUUUUGAGUUGUUGUGGUAGCCACACAUAGCAUCAUUCACGUUGUCAUUUUGAGUUGUUGUGGUAGCCACACAUAGCAUCAUUCACGUUGUCAUUUUGAGUUUUUGUGGUAGCCACACAUAGCAUGAUUCACGAUGUCAUUUUGAGUUGUUGUGGCAGCCACACAUAGCAUCAUUCACGUUGUCAUUUUGAGUUUUUGUGGUAGCCACACAUAGCAUCAUUCACGUUGUCAUUUUGAGUUGUUUUAUUUGUUUUGGUUGUUUUUUAACACUUAGUUUUAAAUUUUAAUAUCUCUUUAACUAGGCCAUUCCAAUGGUUACUUUCAUACCGUAGAACAGGGGUGGGAAAACUACGGCCCGCGGGCCACAUACAGCCCGGAAAUUUAUAUUAUGCGGCCCUCGAGGGAAUUUAGAAAUAACAAAAAUUACUUUGUUUUAAGUUAUGUUGUUGAAUUUUACAGAAUUUCCUGUACCGUUAUGAUCGUUUUAACAUUUUUGAUCAAAUUUCUUUCUAGCUUUCUAUUUUUUGAAACAGUCCUUAACUUUUGUCAUGUAAUGCUAAAAUAUGAAUUUACCGAUUUUAAUAUCGAGAAAUGCUUAUCGAUAUGUAAAAAUUGGACAUAAUGUACAUGCCCACCCCCCCCCCCAAUCAAACAGCUUCACAUUUGUCAAUGUGACCGUCCGUACAUAGAGAAAUGCUUAUCGAUAUGUAAAAAUUGGACAUAAUGUACAUGCCCACCCCCCCCCCCCCAAUCAAACAGCUUCACAUUUGUCAAUGUGACCGUCCGUACAAAAAGGUUGCACACCCCUUCUGUGGAGCGUCAGUCAUCCGAACACCAACAGACUAAAGUGUCGUUUUUCCGCACCUUCUCCGUCUUCUCAUAACAAUUAUUCGUAUCAAGUGCAAUGCGCAAGAUUUCGAGCAUUUACGUACAAAUUUCGAAAAACAAAUCUGACCUCUUUUUCGUAAAAUGCUGGUUAAAUCAACAGUUGAGCAAGGGAUAUUUAAUGACUCCUCAAACAUAAUACAGCAGACAAUAGAGCAGUACACAUGAUUAAGGUAAUAAUUUAUUGUAUUCUAUGCACUAAAUUUCUACCUAACUUUUCCGUUGUGUUGUUCGGUUUCCCAAGAAAAAAAAAAUGUUUAUCCGAAUAGUUCGGAUAAUAAACGUUCUACUGUUCAAAAGUUUUUUGUUUUUUUUUAUAUUCUCUAUUGCAUACAAAUACAAUUUUGUAGCAUGCAGUACUCAACUUUGUUGCCAGUUCAGUAUUUUUGUUUGAAAAUUGACAUGGGUUAUGUCUUUGUUCUGGUAUGUGUGUGUUUUUCGUAUGUUAGUCUCUCUAUUUGAAAAAAAAAUAUUUGUUGAAAAGUAAAAAUGUUGUUGUUGUUGUUCUUUUUUGUAUUAUGUGAAAAACAAAUAUUUUUUUUUAAAUUAAAUGUCUUGGGUUGUUGUUUUUUUUAUAUUAGUGUUUCUAUGUGGAAAAAAAUUAAUUAAUUGUUAAAAAAAAAAAAAAGAAGAUAUUUACAGUAUUGAUAUUCCACAGCUUUUUUUGUUGUUUUUCUUUUUUGUAUUAUGUGAAAAACAAAUAUUUUUUUUUAAAUUAAAUGUCUUGGGUUGUUUUUUUUUUAUAUUAGUGUUUCUAUGUGGAAAAAAAUUAAUUAAUUGUUAAAAAAAAAAAAAAGAAGAUAUUUACAGUAUUGAUAUUCCACAGCUUUUAGACGGAUGGGAGCUGGACCAUGAAAUAUUCCCCAGCCCCAAUGACCACCCCCAGCCGAUGACCGCCAGGUAUUUACCAUUUUGUGGUCAGAUGACGCCGACAGAGGUGUACACCACAGGACAGAACAUUGCGCAGCUGCACUUCGUCGUGCCUACCCUGGGGGAAGGCUUUACGAUUGUCCUCAACUUCCUCGUCAACCCGAAGCGUAAGUUGUCCGACCAAAUGAAUGGAGGUUUGGUUGUGCGUCACAAAUCGAAUACAGCUAUCAGUGUAUAAGUAGACUUCAUGUUUAAAAUUUGAGAAAAAAUACACUAUCGGGGCACAUAUUUCUGAAAUGUAAGCGACCGAAAAAAAGUUUAAAAGGUUGCUGCGGUGAAACUGAAAUCUUUAUCUGAAUAAAUAUGUCGGAGACUUUAAGCUAUCUGAAAAAAGAUUUCAGAGAUGUAAGGUAUCCUUUAUUAGCAUUGGAUGAUGGUAGUACCAGCUGACAUUUAAGUUAACUGAUUUUAACUUGAUUCCUUCAUAUUCCCCAGCUUGUAACAUGAUUCCUGUAUGUUACCCAGCUUGUAACAUGGUUCCUUUAUGUUACCCAGCUUGUAACAUGAUACCUUUAUGUUCCCCAGCUUGUAACAAGAUACCUUUAUGUUCCCCAGCUUGUAACAAGAUACCUUUAUAUUCCCCAGCUUGUAACAAGAUACCUUUAUGUUCCCCAGCUGGUAACAAGAUACCUUUAUGUUCCCCAGCUUGUAACAAGAUACCUUUAUGUUCCACAGCUUGUAACAUGAUACCUUUAUAUUCCCCAGCUUGUAACAAGAUACCUUUAUGUUCCCCAGCUUGUAACAUGAUUCCUGUAUGUUCCCCAGCUUGUAACAAGAUACCUUUAUGUUCCCCAGCUUGUAACAUGAUUCCUUUAUGUUCCCCAGCUUGUAACAAGAUACCUUUAUGUUCCCCAGCUUGUAACAAGAUACCUUUAUGUUCCCCAGCUUGUAACAAGAUACCUUUAUGUUCCCCAGCUUGUAACAAGAUACCUUUAUGUUCCCCAGCUUGUAACAAGAUACAUUUAUGUUCCCCAGCUUGUAACAAGAUACCUUUAUGUUCCCUAGCUUGUAACAAGAUACCUUUAUGUUCCCCAGCUUGUAACAAGAUACCUUUAUAUUCCCCAGCUUGUAACAUGAUUGCUUUAUGUUCCCCAGCUUGUCACAAGAUACCUUUAUAUUCCCAAGCUUAUAACAUGAUACCUUUAUGUUCCCCAACUUGUAACAAGAUACCUUUAUAUUCACCAGCUUGUAACAUGACUCAUUUAUAUUUCCCAGCUUGUAACAUGAUUCGUCUUUAUUCCCCAGCUUGUAACAUGAUCCCUUUAUAUUCCACAGCUUAUACCGUGAUUCCCUUAUAAUCCCCAUCAUGUUAAGUGAUUGCCCUAUAUUGCCCAGCUUGUAAAGUGAUUCCCAUAUAUUCCCCAGCUCGUAGAGUAAUUCCCUUAUAUUCCCCGGCUUGUAACGUGAUUCCGCUAUUUCCCCAUCAUGUAAAGUGAUUCCCUACCUUCCCCAGUAGUUUGUAACGUGAUUCCUUUAUUUUCCCUAGCGUGUAAUAUGAUGCUACUGACCAACAAGUACGAUAAGAUUCAACUCACCAACUUUGGUCUCAGGCGGAACUGUACUGUCAUGUCUUUGUAUCCACAGCGAGUACAGUUGUCAUAUGUCAGUGUUGGUAAGUGGUAAUAUGUCAAUGUUGGUAAGUUGUCAUAAUAUGUCAAUGUUGGUAAGUUGUCAUAAUAUUUCAAUGUUGGUAAGUUGUCAUAAUAUGUCAAUGUUGGUAAGUUGUCAUAAUAUGUCAAUGUUAGUAAGUUGUCAUAAUAUGUCAGUGUUAGUAAGUUGUCUUUAUAUGUCAAUGUUGGUAAGUUGUCAUAAUAUGUCAAUGUUAGUAAGUUGUCAUAACAUGUAAAUGUUGGUAAGUUGUCAUAAUAUGUCAAUGUUGGUAAGUUUUCAUAAUAUGUCACUGUUAGAAGGUUGUCAUAACAUGUCAAUAUUGGUAAGUUGUCAUAAUAUGUCAAUGUUGGUAAGUUGUCAUAAUAUGUAAAUAUUGGUAAGUUGUCAUAAUAUUUAAAUGUUGGUAAGUUGUCAUAAUAUGUCACUGUUAGUAUGUUGUCAUAAUAUGUCAAUGUUGGUAAGUUUUCAUGCGUCAAUUGUCGUAACUUGCUGUCCAUUUUGGUAAGAAUGUAUCUGUCCUAGUUGGUAAAUUUCCAAUUUACGUAAGUGAAUGUUGGUUAAUGAUCAUAUAUCGUAUCUUCAAGAUGUCCAGAUUAUAACACAACACAAUUGUGGCAAUUAAUGUUCCACUACAGGUGAGAGAGAACCAAAUGACGAAUUUGACACAAGCGCUGGACUAAGGAGUUUGGUAAAUAUUGAAACCGGUGGUGUACAACAUACGGCUUGCGGGCCACAUCAAGCCAACUGAAACGUUCCAUAGAGCCAGCAAGAGAAAUUAAUGCUUUAUGAGAAAUGCAUUUUUUUUUCUUUUUUAGAAUAUAUAAAUGAAUGAGUAUCUGUAAAAAGCUUUUGAAAAUGAAUCAAAAUAUACCAGUCUUAAUAAUAUACACAGCAAAUUUUAAUACACAUCAUUCCACCUCUUACAUUCGAGAAGAACUCGGAGUGAAUUUUCGACCCUAGAUUCCUAUCAAAUUGCCAUGCGUACAGCAAAAAAAAAAACAUUAUAUUAAUCAUGCCGUCCAUCUGCAUAAAAAAGGACUGCUCACCCCCUGGUUUAAACAGAAGACACUCCUGGUUUAAACAGAAAACACCCCCUGAUUUAAACAGACGACACUCCCUGGUUUAAACAGAAGACACACCCCUGGUUUAAACAGAAGACACUCCCUGGAUUAAAAAGAAGGCAUUCCCUGGUUUAAACAGAAGACAUCCCCUUAUUUAAACAGAAGACACACCCCUCGAUUAAACAGAAGACACCCCCUGGUUUAAACAGAAGACACUCCCUGGUUUAAACAGAAGACAUCCCCUUAUUUAAACAGAAGACACACCCCUUGAUUAAACAGAAGACACCCCCUGGUUUAAACAGAAGACAUCCCCAGGUUUAAACCGAAAACACCCCCUGGUUUAAACAAAAAACACCCCCCUGGUUUAAACAAAAAACACCCCCCUGGUUUAAACAGAAAACACUCUACAACACUGGUGGGGUUUUUUUUUAGCGUCUUACAAACUUAUAUGUCACAUAAUGACGAACGUGAGUGAAUAUCUCCGAUAGCAAGUAAAUUUUAGCAUGAUUGUAACUUUAUCUAAGUCAUAAGGUAAGACUGUGAAAUAAACGGUGGUGGCCGUGUAUACGCAAUCUGCUUAAAGGCAGACAAGCAUCAAGCAUUAAAGGGCAAUGUAAUCAAAAUACUUUUCCCUUUGAUCAAUAAAUGAUUAUUAUCUUUUCUUAUAAUAAGAGACCGAUUUGAUAGACUGAUAGAAGGACCUCUGAUUUUAAAAGGGGAAAAAAAUCCUCACUACGUGCCCAAUCAGACACCAUUACGGCCUGUCACAUCGGAUUUGAAUUCCUCCAUUUUGACCCAUCGGUCGAAGAUUUGGUCAGAUAUAUAGUACAAUAAAUGACUUGAUGAAACGCACCGCCACUUUUUUUUUUUUUAAUUUAUUUAUUUUGUAUCACAACAUACUGUUAUUUUUAUGAGGGUGGACGUCGAUGAAUUAUAUUUAAGAAGAAAAAAAAAACUCCUACGCCUCAAAACGACCGAAUGGUGAUGUUUUUCAGUGUUCAAGUGAAGGGGGACUGGACAGGGUUCAGUUGUACCAAGGCACAGGGGUAGGCUCCCUUGGAAGGAGACUCGUUUUGGAGUUUUGUGGCGUUCGACAGACCAGUGGUGAGUUCAUGACGCCACCGUCCUAAUGAUCUUUUUUAUCUCAUCCCUAAUGAUCUUUUUUUAUCUCAUACAUAAUGAUCUUUUUUAUCUCAUCCCUAAUGAUCUUUUUUAUCUCAUCCUUAAUGAUUUUUUGUUAUCUCAUCCCUAAUGAUCUUUUUUAUCUCAUCCUAAUGAUCUUUUUUAUCUCAUCCCAAAUGAUCUUUUUUAUCUCAUCCCUAAUGAUCUUUUUUUAUCUCAUCCCUAAUGAUAUUUUUUUAUCUCAUCCCUAAUGGUCUUUUUUUUUAGCUCAUACUAAAAUAUAUUGCCCAAAAAAAAAUAUUCUAGACUGUUCCGAGAUACAUGAUAAAAUUCUGAUGUUUGGAUAGUCACGUUUUCAUGGACACGUGUCUAUUUCCCCUAACUCUAGCUCCUAGAGCGGUCAAGCUCAGGUGCCAUAGUUCUGCCAUCCGAUUGGAAUCCAGCGGCCUGUUUGAUAAUGUGAUCAAGUUUGACUUCCUCCCAGCAGAGAGAGACGACGGGAUUUUCUGCUAGUAGUUGAUGAAAACUUGGCUCCUCGUUGGAUGUCUUGGCUGACACGCAAAGAACCAGCUUUUUCGGGGGUUUUAUUUAUUUAAACAAGAAAUAAAAAAUGAAUACAUAUUAAAAGAUUAAUUAU